AUGGCUGCUGUGCGUAACGAAGAGCCCGUUGCCGCCGCCAGAGCACCAGUGCUCCACAUCAAAAACUUUGUGUGCUCUGCUAAUCUUGGCAUGCGAUUCGAUUUGACCAAUUUAAUGGUCAAGUCGCUUCGACGGGCAGAGUUGGUACCGAAGAAAAACUGCAUCUUGAUGAAACUGCAGAACCCCAAGGCCACGGCUAUGCUCUUUGCCAAUGGCAAAUUAGUCUGCACGGGCGCCGAGACAGAAGAAGGUAUUAAGAAUGCGGCUCGUCGAUUUACUCAAGUGAUCCAGAAGAUGGACUUCCCAGGAGUCAAUCUCAUCGAUUUCAAGAUCCAGAAUGUUGUAGGCACUUGUGACAUGGGCUUUCGAGUGCUGAUGGAGGCGCUUGCUUUCGCACACAGUGAAUGUUGCACGUACGAACCGGAGCUGUACCCAGCACUGAUUUACCGACUGGAGAAGCCUCAAGUGAAAAUUCUCGUGUUCGUGAGCGGGAAAGUAGUUUUUACGGACUCGAAGGAGCCACGAGAGCUGUAUGCUGCCUGCGAAACCAUUUUUCCGAUUCUUUGUCAGUUUAAGGACCUCAAGCCGAUCAAUCUGGGCAGUACUGAUGGCAACGAAGAUCUACCUGAGCAUCGUCUAGCAACCAACACCGCCGAUAAGUCACAUAUCGGCGACUAG